UUUGCAGUGGCGCUUCCGCUUCCCAGGCAGGUCACUUGAUAAGACAUGUAGGAUGGCGCUGCUCAGGGCAAUGCAGAGUGUGGGCAGUAGGCAUGUAACCUCGGAGGGUCGUAGCAUUUGGGGAGCUUUAGCAGUACUUCCGCAAGGAAAUCAUACACUGCAACAAGUUCACGACGAUAUGCCCCAGCAGAUGGAAAAUCCUUAUAAAGAGCCUCCCAAGAAGUGCAUCUUGUGUGGUGUUACAGUGGACUACAAAAAUACACAGCUAUUGUCUCAGUUUAUUUCACCUCACACUGGUCGCAUCUAUGGCAGACACAUAACAGGGUUGUGUGGAAGGAAACAAAGAGCUGUUUCAAAAGCCAUCAAAAGAGCUCAUAUAAUGGGUUUUAUGCCUAUCACAUACAAGGACCCUGCAUUCCUUCAGGACCCCAAAAUCUGUGAACCCUAAAUCGCUGAAUGAUGUUAUGUACUUUAGAUUAUAAUUAGUUUUUUUUAUAAAAAUAGUUUUGUUAUAGGCAGCCACUUGAGUAUGCAUGUUGUAAAAUAAAUAAAAAGCAAUACAUGUGGGAAAAAAA